UCUCAAGAUUUUCAAGCCUCUCUGCAUCGUUCCCAACAACCGAAGCAGUCUCGAUGCGAGGCGAUCCGUAUUGGCGUCAAAUCACCUUCCUGGAUUUGUGACUGGAACGAAUGCGACAAGUCCUGCAGAAAUGCAACGCCUAUCGCGGAAACAUGCAGGCAGGGUAAUUUGUUUUGCAUUGCAUGCAUGUACUACCUCGAUAAGAGAACAUCGCACGAUCGAAAGACUAUAUUUCCACACUUCCCUCUCACUUCGUUCGUCUUCAAUUCCAACAUCUGCUUCAAAGUUGCAAGAUGGGAUUGGUACUAUUCACUUCGCUUGGUCUACUUGCAUACACGCUUUACGGGAUUGUUCACCGCUUGUACCUUAGCCCGAUUGCGCACAUCCCAGGCCCAAAACUUGCAGCCCUCACGAGAUUGUAUGAAGCAUACUACGAUCUCUACCUCGGCGGAAAAUAUACCUUCAAGAUAAUCGAAUUGCACGAACAAUACGGACCCAUAAUCCGCAUCUCACCCUGGGAAAUCCAUAUUUCCGACCCAGAUUUCUACCAUACCUUGUAUGCCUCUUCAGCCUCUGGACAUCGAAGAGAUAAGUAUGAGUGGUUCUCGAAGUCUUUUGGUCUGGAUUACAGUGUGUUUGGAACUGCAGGUCAUGAUUUGCAUAAGAUGAGGAGAGCGGCGUUAAGCCCGUACUUUAGCAUGGCGAGUGUGAGGAGACUGCAGCCUGUGAUUCAAGAGAGGGUCGAUUUGCUUCUCGAAAGGUUGAAAGGGUUUCGAGGAACAGGAGAGGUGUUGAUGGCUAGCUGGGCUUUCUCGGCUUUGACAAAUGAUGUCGUCAUGAUGUAUUGUUUCGGAAGACGUGAUAAACGAUUAGAGGCCGAAGAUUUUGACCCCUCAUAUCGAGAUGCAUCAUUUUUCGGUUCCACCGCAGGAAGUUUCCUUAAACACGCACCUUGGGUCAACGACCUGAUGAAAUCACUUCCAAACAGCAUUGCGGAACUCUUGCAUCCAGCAAUGGCAUCAUUCGUAGCCCAGAAACGAGCAGUCCUCGCACAGAUUCAAGCUAUCCAGGCCGGUGUUAACAAUGCACACGAAGACCAUUCCCACCCAACAAUCUUCCACUCCAUCCUCUCCAGCAAACUUCCCGAGCACGAGAAGCGAGACAUCCGAUUAUCGGACGACGCACACGUCCUAACCAUGGCUGGAACACUGACCACAGCCUGGGUCUUCGAAGUCGUGAUGUUCUGGCUUAUUCGUCAACCCGAGACUCUUCGUAAAUUGAAGGACGAGCUCACGACAGCAAUUCCGGACAUAUCGAUGAUAGGAACCAUCCCUCUUCCUGUUCUAGAACAGCUUCCAUAUCUCAAUGCUGUAAUGAAAGAAGGUUUCCGCCUCACCUAUGGUGUGUCCUGUCGCCUUGCACGCUUAGAUCCGGACAACGAGAUCGUGUUCAUGGAUGGGGACAAGAAAUAUGUUAUCCCGCCGAAUACUCCUAUUGGUAUGACCGGUGUUCAGAUCCACCACAAUCAGUCCAUCUUCCCCAACUCAAGACUGUUCUCUCCUGAGCGUUGGCUUGAUGGGAAGAACAAAGCGAUCGACAAAUAUAUGGUGAGUUUUACAGCGGGAAGUAGGCAGUGUAUGGGCAUAAAUCUUGCUCAUGCUGAGUUGUAUCUGGGACUGAGCGCAAUCUGGAGACAGUGGGGUAGUAAGGAAUGCAGAGGCAAAGAUGAUGUUGGUGUGUUCGAGCUGUGGGAGACGGGUCUUCGAGAUGUUGAGAUUGAGAGUGAUGCGUUCUUGCCUAUCCAGCAACCAGGGACCAAAGGGAUCAGGGUCAAGGCUUUCAUGUGAAGCCAUGAUGUGAAAUUAGGAAGCCAAGCAUGAAGAACGAGGCACGCAGUGAAUAUCAGCCAGUGACAAAUCCCGAGAUGAGUUCGAAAAAUUUAAAAACUGCAUUCUUGCAAGUGACUAUCUACAUCUGAACGAUGAAGAUUCUGG